AUGCCUCCUCAACGCAACCAGAAGAAACAUUCGGCCGCUGGGCCCAGGGAAGUCACGGCGCCCAAUUCGGCCAGUACGAGUCGUUUGAAGAAGAAGAUCAGAGAUAUCGAGCGCUUGUUGAAGAAGGAUUCUCUGCCGGCGACUGCACGGGUGCAGAAUGAGCGUGCUCUGGACGCCCUUAGCCAUGAGCUUCAGGUUGCGCAGAAGGCAUCAAAGGAGUCCACGUUGAUCUCGAAGUACCACAUGGUCCGCUUCUUCGAGCGACAAAAGGCGUCAAGAAAAAUGAAGCAGGCAGAGAAAAGACUCGCUUCUGCCUCCGAGGCUGAAGCCUCCACGCUCAAGGAGCAGCUGCACAACCACAAAAUCGACUACUACUACGCCAUCCAUUUCCCUCUCGACGAGAAGUACGUUUCAUUAUACCCCAAGGAGGGAGCAGACAACUCUACUGCUGUCGCCAAAAGAAAGGAGAUGAGGGCAUGGAUUGAAAAGGAGAUGCUGGCGGGCAAAUUGGGGCAGUACAAUGCAAGAACGAAGUUGGGACAGCAACAAGCACAGGCACAGGCGCGGCCAUCGGGAUCGAAUAGAGCUGAGGUGGGGCAAAGGAAGCAGACUUCUGAGAAGCAAAGUAAAGGAAAGGGUGCUAUCAAAGCAGAGUCGGUGCAGGAUGACUUUUUCGAGGCCGCUCCGGCGAAGAAGGCGAAGAAGGAUGAUUCAAGCUCGGAAAGCAGUGAGGAGGAAUCAUCAUCCAAAGAGAGUGGGGAAAGUGAGAGUGACAGUGACUCGGAGUAA